AUGUCUAGACACGCGCGCUCGUUCGCGUUCCGCCGAAGAACGUCGCGGUUCGUCCUCGAUGAGCUGUACAGCGACGACGAGCGAUCGGACGACGAAUUCGCAUCGUACCCGAACGGUGAACCGCCCGCGAGCGCGCACGCGGCCGCGCACGCGGGCGUCGAUCACGUUCGAAUGUCUUUCAGCGAGGGUCGGUUUCACGGGGAUGACGUCAAGGGCGCGAGCAAGGAGGGGGCGAUGAUGGGCGUGCGAAACGCCGCGCUCGAGCGAUGGGCGAUCGCGGGGAAGUGCGGGACGGAGGUUAAGGUGGAGGACGUGGUGAAGCUCGCGGGAGCGUCGUCGAAGGACGAGGUUGAGCGAGCGGCGCGAGUGCAUCGAUGGUUAGAGGCGAACGGGGGGAUCAAUUACGGGAUCUUUAGGCGCGCGAGCGAGCGCGAGGGCGACGAGGCGGAGGCGCCAGAGGCGGUGAAGGAGAUCACCGAGAACGACGUCGUGCGAGAGCUCUUGAUCGUGCUCAAAGAGGCAGAUCUCGCGGUGGAUACGGAGAAGGCGAUUCGAGUUCGACUCGAGGAGCGCAUGGGCGUCGAGCUGAAGGAGUUUAAGCCGCAGAUUAAGGAGACGAUUGAAAAGUUCUUGACCGAUCCGGAGUCGUUCGCGGACACCGCGAGCGAGGGGACUGUUAUGAUUCCUCCGUUACCGCCCAUCGUCGACGCGCGGCCGACGAUCGUUAUCGGGGCUGGUCCCGCCGGUCUUGCAGCGGCGAGCAUGAUUCAUAACCAAGGCGGAGAAGUUAUCGUACUCGAGGCGCGUAAUCGCGUGGGAGGACGCGUGCACACCGACGCAGAGACUUUCAGCGCUCCAGUCGAUCUCGGGGCGUCCAUCGUCACCGGUGUCACCGAAGAUCCGAAGAGGAAAACUGCGAUGCCGUGGCUCGGCGUUCGUGCGGAUCCGAGCGGCGUUAUCGCAAAGCAACUCGGUUUGCAAUUGGUCGAGCUUCGUGAGGGCUGUCCGAUCUACGACAUGAAAACGGGCGAGCAGUUCUCGAAGGAUAUUGAUGAGAAAGUCGAUCGCAUUCGCGAUUUGGUAAUGGAUGAGGCCCGCGCGAGAGUGGAUUCGAGCGGAGAGAGCGAAGUAAUGAAUGUGUCGCUCGGAGAAGCUCUCAAGGACGCGACUGAAAAUUACUUUUUGAAACUUGUGCAAGAUGACGGCAACGAUAGCGAUGAUAGUGAAACUCAUGCAAAUGUGCGACUGGAACAGGCCGCUCGCAUGGGCAAGACGGAGCGCCGUUUACUUGACUGGCACUGGGCCAACCUUGAGUACGGUUGCAGUGCGUCGCUGAAUGAUAUCUCGUUGCCGCACUGGAAUCAAGACGAAAUGUACGGUGGUUUCGGUGGACCGCACUGCAUGGUGAGUGGUGGUUACAGCACUAUCAUGUCACGCAUCGCAGAGGGUUUGGACGUUCGUUUCAACAUGCCCGUUGUUGAAGUCAAACAUGACUCAAACGGCAUUGUCGUGGAAACAAGGGAUGGGCAGGUGCUCGAAGGCGCUUCCGUCAUCGUCACAGUCCCUCUUGGGUGCCUCAAGCAGGGUGAUGUGAAAUUCAAUCCGCCUCUCGGAGAAAUGAAAUCGAGUGCGAUUGAACGACUUGGAUAUGGUAACCUCAACAAAGUUGUCCUCGAGUUUGACGAAGCGUUUUGGGAUCAGUCCGUUGAUUAUUUCGGCUGCGCUAUUGAUGGCGAGGAGACUCGAGGACGCAGCUUCAUGUUCUGGAACUUAAUGCCGGUGAGCGGCAAACCGAUGUUGAUUUCUCUAAUCUCAGGCGAUGCUGCGAAAACUGCCGAAACUGAAGGUGAGGAGUCGAUAGUAAAAUCCGUGUUGGACACGCUCGCGAGGGCGUGCUUUCCGCAAGAUCCGUCCAAGCUUCCGCCGCUGAAGCAGUCGCUCGUCACACGCUGGCAAUCGGAUCCGUACGCGCGAGGAUCUUACUCUUACGUCGCUACUGCCUCCAAGGGAGCCGCAGAUUACGAUGAUCUCGGCAAACCAGAAGGUAGAAUUCUAUUCGCUGGAGAACACACGUGCAAGGAGCAUCCGGAUACCGUCGGGGGAGCGAUGCUGACCGGUUGGCGAGCGGCCCGCCAAGCACUCAGCAUCGUCCGCGGCGAGGAAAUUUUCGAUGAAAUUUUCGACCUUGAGGCGUGGCGCGCCAACUUUGCAAAACGUGAGGUGGAUGUAGAGUACGAGAUGGAUGAUGUCGAGAACCCGAUGGAUCACAUUAUUGACCCGGCCGAGGUGUACCGACGACGCGUUCAAGAGGAUUUCCUCGCCGACGCUGGUAAGGAGGAAGCUAAGAUUGUUUACCGACUCCUGUCUGCGGUGGAUACUGGUGAGCAAGUGGACGUGCCUGUUGAGUUCGCCACGAUUAUGCUAAAACUUAGAACAUUGCCAGGACGUCGAGCAAUGAUUAAUGCUCUUUUGGAUGUCGUGAGCGCCGCGGAUCGCAGAGACUGGGCGCUGAAGCAUGAAGGCUUAGCGAUGCUGAACGAAUGGCUGCUAGAGUCUAAAUCGCACAUGAAAAAUGCAGAGUCAGUACUCUACACGAAGCGCAUGCUGGAGCUGCUGUUGGCGAUUCCUUCAGACCUAGCAGCGCUCAGAGCGAGCGGCGUGCCGAAAACGCUCAAGAACCGCUUCCAAACUCAUGAAAACGGAGAGCUUCGCUUACUUGCACGUCAGUGCGGCCACAAGUGGAUGCAAGCUCUCAGCCGAAAGUCCGCUGGAUUGCCGCCCAUCGACGACGUGGAAGAAGAGAAGAAAAAAUUAGUCGUUCCGCAGCGAAAGAAGCCGUCUCGAUUGGGAGCGGCUGUCUUGCUCGGCUUAGCAAAGGCGGAGGUAGACGUUGCCGUGGACGAAGUCGAAGAGGCCAUCGAAGCACAAGUUGUGGCAGUCAAUCCGGCGCUGAAUGCGGAGCAAAUCAAGGCUAAGCGUGAUGCAAUUAUCAACGCCGCACAAGAUUUACCGGAGGGCCAGGCGGCGCGAGCGUCCAGAGCCGCGGCCGAUAACGCCCAAGUGCAGUUAGAAGAGGCCAUGCGUUUGGCGGAGGAGGCGCAAGUAGCCGCGCGCGAGGCAGAGGCUGCAGCGUCAAUCGGUCGAAGCAUCCAGAAAAAAGAUGUCAUCGCAUCCUUUGAUGCGUUCAAUGACGCUGCCACUAAAAAGCGCGCGCGUACGAAGGAGAAGAGCAAGAAGCGCAAGGCGGUCACUGAGGCGGAUGAUGAUGACGACGAUGACAACCCGGGAGUUUCGCUUGACGAGUAUCAUGCGCGAGUCAGAAAGCAGGUCCGUCACUACGUCCACGAACAGCUUCAAGACAAGCGCGAUCGCGGCAUCGUCACGAAGGCUGAAUGCAAGAAACUGGAGGAAAAAGUGGUGGACAAAAUUUUAGAAAAUUCUGGAGGCAUGAACGACACCGCAAAGGCGUUCAUGACGAGCAAGCGCAAGGAAAAGAUCAAGACACUCGUCGGCGCGUACUGCCAAUCUACCGUCAAUGCGCGGAAAAAGAGCAAGCCCAACGCGUGA